AGGAUAUUGAUAUGAACAUGGGAAUGGCUCUGUCUGCAUAGAACAUUAUUCAGUUGACCUACUAGCAUUAUUUAUCUUCCUUGUUAAUUACCAAUACAAUUUCUGAACAAUGCAAAAAGUGACCUCUAAUUUGCUAUCUGUCUAUGAAAGACCUGUCCACAGGCUACUAUCACAUCUUGCUUUUGUGCCAAAGUAUGACCCGUGCAAUACUUUGGAAGUGAAUAAGUUGCAAGAAUUCAUUGAUGAUACAAAAAAUCUAUUUGUAUUAACUGGUGCGGGUAUAUCAACUGAAAGUGGCAUACCAGACUAUCGUUCAGAAGGUGUUGGACUAUAUGCAACUAGCUCCAAAAGGCCUGUUCAGUUCAAGGUAUUUAUGGAAUCUGCAUCUGCUCGGCAGAGUUACUGGGCUAGAAACUAUGUUGGGUGGCCUCGCUUUUCAUCUUUCUAUCCAAAUGUAGCGCACACACUUGCUGAAUGGGAGAAAAGUGGGAAGAUAAAAUGUUUGGUAACACAAAAUGUGGACAGAUUGCAUCACAAGGCUGGGAGCACCAAAGUUUAUGAGUUGCAUGGAACAGCAUUUAAUGUUGUUUGUAUGUCCUGUUCCAAAAUGGUAACUCGCCACAGCUUCCAGAAUCAUAUUAGAAAAUUAAAUCCUCAUCUGUCCAUUCAGUCUGAUGAUAUUCGACCUGAUGGUGAUGUUGAAUUAGCAAAGGAAGACGUUGAAAAGUUUACAGUACCAUCCUGUGGCCAGUGUGGAGGGAUUAUGAAGCCGUAUAUCGUCUUUUUUGGUGAUAAUGUUCCCGCAGAACGUGUCAAAAGCAUACGAGAGGAGUUGGCAACUUGUGAUGGUCUCCUGGUACUAGGAUCAUCUCUCUAUGUAUAUUCGGGUUAUAGAUUUAUCCUACAAGCAAUCGAAGCCGGCAUAAAAUGUUGUGCUGUAAAUAUAGGCACCACUCGAGCAGACAAACAUCUAGCAUUUCGGAUAAGUGGUCGAUGUGGUGAAAUUCUGCCAAAAAUAGUCGUUUAAGAAAUUAAUUUAUACUUGAAGAAAUUCGUUAUGUUCUUCUGUGAUAA